AUUACCUAUUUUUUUUCGAUUUAUCUCGGGGUCAAUGUUAUCAGUAGUCUAUCAAUUAUAAGGGCGCCACUUACGCAUAAAUUGAAAAAUUUAUAUAGCUUUAACAUUAGUUCGCUCGCUUGCCACGCGCCAUUUUAUAUUUAAUCGAAUCUUGGUUCUAAUUCUUGGUAGUAUUCGUGUAUGAAGUCGGACAGUUGUGUGGUAGAAAAUGAAGGAAACGGUUUUGUUAUUCGUUGCGUGCGCAGUUUUAACCCACGCUGCAGACAGCCAGACAGUGCCAAAGCUGAAACUCCUGGACGGCCAUGAGAUACCCGCGUUUGCUCUCGGGACCUGGCUCGGAAAUAACACCAAGCCGGCCGGGCAUGAGGUGGAGGACGCGGUAUCCUGGGCCAUCGACGCGGGCUACCGCCACAUCGACACUGCCUUCGCUUACAGAAUAGAAGACCAGGUCGGUAGAGCUGUGGCCAAGAAGGUGACCGAGGGUGUGAGGAGGGAAGACCUGUUCAUUACUACUAAGCUCUGGAACGAGAAUCACGCGCGUGACCAGGUGGUGCCGGCGCUCAGAGAGUCCCUCAAAAAUUUGAACCUGAGCUAUGUUGACCUGUACCUCAUACACUGGCCGGUGGGACAGUUCAGUAACCGAACAUUCGACUAUACAGACUACGUGGAGACGUGGCGCGGUAUGAUAGAAGCUAAGCAACUAGGACUGGCGCGCUCCAUCGGCGUCUCGAACUUUAAUCAGCGGCAGAUAGACCGGCUGCUGGAGCAGGGGCUGCAGGCGCCGGCUGUCUUGCAGGUCGAGAUAAACCUGAACCUGCAGCAGCCGUCGCUCCUGUCGUACUGCAAGGAGAAGGGCAUUGUGCUGAUGGGCUACACGCCCUUCGGCUCGCUGUUCCCGAGCAAGGCGCGCGCCGACGCGCCUCCGCCGCGGGUCGACGACCCCAAGCUGCUGGACAUCGCUAAUAAGUACAACAAGACUGUGCCCCAAAUCACUUUGAGAUAUUUGGUGGAACUAGGAAUAAUUCCCAUCCCCAAAUCACUAACCAAGACCCGGAUCGAGCAGAACAUAGCCGUGUUUGACUUCUCUCUCGCCCAGGACGAGAGGGACCUCCUGAGAAGCUACGACAAAGGGUACAGGACAAUACCUCAGCUGAAAUGGUUGGACCAUCCGUACUACCCGUUUGAGAAACCAGAAUAAAUACAAUUGAGAAAUG